AUGAUGGAAUCCGACCUUCCUCCAGGUAGCUGCAACUCAACUGGGCACCUGUCCACAAUAGGAUACCACUCUUUACCUGGUCGGAUGCAUCAUUCGGCCAGCACGCCGGCCGGCGUAGACGGCGCGGGUGGCGGCUCACGCACGCCGCCCGCCACCCCCAAGAAAGGGGGCAAGAUGCUCGCCGUCAGGGUGCAGAUGUUGGACGACUCCAUCUCCAUGUUCCAAGUGCAGUCGAAGGCUCUGGGGCGUGUGCUGUUCGACCAGGUAUGCCGACAGCUGCAUCUUUUGGAGGCAGAUUACUUCGGUCUGGAGUACCAAGACGCCAACGGGACGAGGUACUGGCUGGACGUGGAGAAGCCUAUGUGCCGUCAACUAGGGCUCUCCAUGCUGGAGCCGUCGCUGCGGUUCUGCGUGAAGUUCUACACGCCGGACCCCGCGCGGCUCGAGGAGGAGUUCACGCGCUACCUGUUUUGUCUGCAGGUUAAGCGCGACCUAGCGCACGGCUGCAUACAGUGCAACGAGAAUACCGCCGCGCUGAUGGCCAGCUACAUCGUGCAAGCCGAGUGCGGGGACUUCGUGCCCGAAGACUACCCCGAUCACACGUACCUCAGCGGGUACAAGUUCUUCCCCGGCCAGGACUCCGAGUCCGAACGACGGAUCAUGGAGAACCAUAAGAAACACAUAGGUCAAAGUCCUGCAGAAGCAGAUUUAAAUUUAUUAGAAACCGCUAGGAGAUGUGAAUUAUAUGGUAUAAAAAUGCAUCCGGCCAAGGACCACGAUAGCGUGCCCCUAAACCUGGCCGUGGCGCACAUGGGCAUCGUGGUGUUCCAGAACUUCACCAAGAUCAAUACCUUCAGCUGGGCUAAAAUACGCAAGAUCUCCUUCAAGAGGAAGAAGUUUCUCAUUAAACUUCACCCGGAGGGUUAUGGUGCAUACCGGGACGUUGUCGAGUUCUUCUUUGAGGGUCGAAACGAGUGUAAGAACUUUUGGAAAAAGUGUGUGGAAAAUCACGGCUUCUUUCGAUGCUCCAGCGUGCCGCGACUGCCCAGGCACAAGACCAGGGUCAUAUCCAGAGGCUCGUCUUUUAGGUAUAGCGGUAAAACGCAGAAGCAAAUAGUAGAAUUCGUCAGAGACAACUACGUGAAACGACAGACAUUCCAAAGGUCGGGCUCGUUCCGCGCGUCGCGGUCUGCGGGCGGGUCGCGCGCCUCCGUCGCCGCGCCGACGCCGCUCAACGCCAGCCUCUCCGCGCACCCGCUGCUGCCGCUGCCGCCCGGCUCCGAUGCGAUUUCCCUGGAGUGGGACAAGCAACCUCACUACCUGGAGGCCUCUCUGAUGAUGAAGGGCUACAGUGCGGAGGAGGCGCGCGCAGCAGCGCUUCGCUCGCAGACACGACGCACCUCGGAGGGAGGCACUCGCCCGCCGCUCGCAGCUACCGCCUAUGCCACCACGAGGGACAAGCUGUCAAAACUGUACUGCAGCGAAAUCGGGGCUCCCGAACUGGUGACUCGUGCAGAGGUCAAUCAUCAUCCUACGGAGGAUUCGCCUCCGCCUCAUCGGACGAGGACACCAUUGGAUUCUCCGGAGAUUACAUGGAGGCAGGCGAUUACGUCGUGCGCGAGUGGGGCCGCGCGCGCACCCUCUCCGCCACCGCGUGCGGCGCGCCCGCCCCUCCCGCCCCCCACACCAGAAGAAACAUCACCAGAAGCGGAGAAUACAGUGUCAUCAGCCAGUCUUUGCAUUUCGCCCACAAGUGAACGGACAAACGGCGUGCCUCUUUGUACGUCUACGCCGUGUGCGCCGCGCGUACCGAUCAAUGGCCAUGUCGUCAGCGACGGCAAAGCGUAUGAUGACGUCACGAUGUUGGCUGAGGUCGUUAACGGAAAGGCGCACGUGAACAUAGUGUCGGAAUCAACGUGCAGCAUGGACGUGCUCAGCGGCGGAGAGAGCGACGCGGGCGACACAUUGAGCAGGCGUAAUAACAAUAACAACAGCAUAUCAUCUAACUUGACGAACGUUCUUCGCGAAGGCACGAUAGAGGCGCCGAAACGUCGCGGCGCAGACCUGUCUUACUUCAUAGCUAAGGAGCUUCUUAUGACGGAACGCACCUACAAGAGAGAUUUGGAGCUCGUCACUGUGACUUGGUCGCGUCACGUAUCGGAGCUGGCCGCUAGCGGCGGCGGUACUGGCGUGUCGGAAGCGGCGACGACUCUAGCGCGUGCGUGCCUAGCGUUAGAACCGCUAGCGUUGGCGUGCGGCGCGGCGUUAGCAAGACUAGAACGCGCGCUGGCUAAUUCCUCACGGCUGGCGCAUGACGCAGACAGCGGAGAUUGUAACGAAGAACCAGAGUACAAAAGGAUAGCUGAAUAUUUACACGAGUAUUUAUCAAGCACGUCCGAUGCGUUUGCAUACUACACCGAGCACGCGGGCACAAUGGUCGGCCUUGUGGAAAGCGUGCGGCGAUGCAACGAGGCAGCGCGCGCCGAGUGCUGCGCGUUCGAGGCGCACUCGCCCUUACCGCUCGCCUGCCUGCUGCUGCGGCCGCUUCACCGUCUACUGCACUACGCGGCCAUCGCUGAAGAUCUUUGCGAAGUGGGAAGCGGCGAGACUGGACAGAAGGCGUUAAAUGUAGCGCGACGAUGCGCUAGGUUUGCGAGACUUCAAUUACCGCAUGCUCACAACCACUCCGCACUCUGCCAGUUCCAGCGAGACAUUACUGGGUACGACAAAUUAUUAGUGCCGAACAGAGAAUUCAUCAGGCUUGGUUGUGUGUACAAACAUUCCACGAAGGGGCUCCAACAAAGGAUGCUGUUUUUGUUCAGUGACGUGGUGCUGGUGACGACACGCGCGGGUGGGGGCCACUUCCGCACGCACGUCGCGCUGCCGGUGCGGACCGUGCAGGUCACACCCUCGGACCUACCCAACUCCUUCGAGAUACACUGUGAUAACACACACCUGCUAAUAAGCGCAAGCAACGAGCAGGAAUACUCGGGCUGGUUACGAGCGUUCGACGCGGCUGCCUUAGAAGCGGCUCAGAUGCCGCAGCCUUGCGUAGACCUAACACCUGCGGAUCAUGAGACGGAUAGCGGUUCAGUUCCUGUGCAGGGCAGUGGACUAUCGCAUGUUUGUUGGCAUCGCACCGCUUCGCUUUCUAGAGAAUUGCUACAUCUGUCGCUACAGACGCAGUUAUCCGGUUAUCUAUUACGUAAGUUCAAGAAGUCGCCGGGUUGGCAGAAGCUGUGGGUGGUAUUCGCGAUGUUCACAUUGUUCUUCUACAAGACGUGGCAGGACGACGCGCCGCUAGCUUCCCUGCCUUUACUCGGGUACGCAGUAGCGCCGCCGUCGCCGGCUGACGGCAUCGACAAGGAGUUCGUGUUCAAGUUGCAAUUCAAGAACCACGUGUACUUCUUCAGAGCCGACAGUAUCUACACAUAUAACAGAUGGGUGGAAGUAUUAAAAACACCGAUGGUGCAUGAAGAUCACAAUUAG